UGCCGAACGAUUCUAUGACGAACAAACUACGGUUAACUGGAUGAGCGAUUGGUGAUUGAGUGCUUCUCUCAGCUUCUUUCCUUCCGCAAUUGUGGAUUUGUCUCAGUUUUCGACGAUAACUGAUAUUAAAGUAUCGUACGUUACUUGAUACGAUAAAUCUGCGAAUCGAAAGCAGCAUAUAGUCUAUAACAAUAGUGCAUGUUAAAGAGCUGCCUGAUAUUUUCGUCAUGCUGUCAGAAUUGGCGAAGGAGACAGAAUUGACGGGAGAUUCUUGUUGAUAUGGAGGUUGCCGAGAAUUUACAGGUCUAUAGUUCUCCUCUUUUUGGAAGGUUUCUCGGAAGUUUUCGCAUCAAAAAAUCAUCGGAAAGCGUGAACUGCACCACGAGAAUUCACGGUGCUAUUGGUACCGUAAAAUUAUAAGGAACGGAGUCGUCUUUCGAUCGUUCAACUGGCACUUUGUGUACUUUAGUGACCCUUGAAUGCCAACACAACGCAUUUAAUCAUUUUAUCUUGCUUUGUCAAGAAAUAUUAAUUACGAAAUGGCAUCAACCUCCAGUGCUUCGGCACAGGUGUUGAUGAAUAAAGGGAAACGUGGUGCUGCUGCAUAUAUUCAUGCGGAAUGUAGCAAUCCAACCAUCGAUGCAGCAGGUCCACCACAUUUGAAUGAACUCUUGGAUAUUCUUUUGAAUCCCAGUAAACCCAUUGAUGACUGGGAAACUAUCGAUUGGUGUAAAUGGCUAAUGGCAGGUGGCCGUACACCAGAUGAAUAUGCAAAUACAGUACGAACUUAUGACAAUGCUACUACAUGUGGAUUAGUGUGGACUCCUAAUUUUGUAGCAUAUCGUUGUCGUACUUGUGGAAUAUCACCUUGUAUGUCUCUUUGUACUGAGUGCUUCAAGAAAGGGAAUCAUCAUCGUCACGAUUUUAAUAUGUUUCUUAGUCAAGCUGGUGGUGCUUGCGAUUGUGGUGAUGCAUCUGUUAUGAAAGAGACUGGUUUCUGUGAUAAGCAUGGACCAAAAGCUGCUGUUAAUAAAUCUGCUGCACCUUCAGAUUUAAUGUGUGUUGCAGAAGCAAUGAUGCCCAAAAUUAUUCUGCGUCUUAUUCAACAUUUAAGAGAAAAUUGUAAAGUGGGAUUACCCAGUAUACGAGAAUAUACAGAUUAUAGAGUUGCUAUACAAGAUGCAGAUGUUUAUUUAACUAUGCUUCUUGAUUUGAACAAUAUGGGUGCACUAAUGAGGCACGUUAUGACAACAGCACUCACUAAUCCACAAAAGUAUAGAGGUCUUAUGGAUCCUUCUAUCUUCACUGGUCAAUCAGAGUAUGAUAGCUAUUGUCAAGAUAGCAACAAAAUAUACCAAGAUGCUGUUAAAUCUUUGCCAAAUCCAGAACCACCUGAUGAAUACAAAGAAUGUGCAUCUUUACAAGAACAUUUAGAACAUACAACCUUUUUGGAAGAAUUAAUGUUUUGGACUGUUGCCUAUGAAUUUCCACAAAAAUUAGUAUGCUUAUUAUUAAAUAUGUUACCUGAACCUGAUUAUAAAGAAGCUUUAACUCGUGCAUUUGUUCUGCACUAUAGCAGAAUUUCUAUGAUGUUAGAACGUUCUGCAGAUCCAGAUACUCUUAGCAAUAGGGUUGUGCAUGUUAGCGUACAGUUAUUUAGUAAUGAAGGUCUUGCAUUGAGGAUGGUUGACCAAUUGAAAUUAUUACAUGUAAUGGUUAUUAGUUUAAAAUAUAUGAUGAGUAAAAUAUUAAUUCAAAAUACAUUACAUGAUCCAGAUAAAAAUUUUCAUUAUGUUGUUGACUGUGCACGGCAAGUAAUGAAAGAACAUUGCUACUGGCCUCUUGUGUCAGAUUUAAAUAAUGUUCUUUCUCACAAACCUGUUGCUGUAAGAUUUAUGAGUGAUGACACACUUUUGGAAAUGUGGUUUGAUUUUCUUUCUAUGUUUCAAGGAAUGAAUGUUAAUCAGAGAGAAUUAAGUCAACACGUUGAAUUUGAACCCAACACAUAUUAUGCAGCAUUCAGUGCUGAAUUAGAAGCUAGUGCUUAUCCAAUGUGGGCAUUAGUUUCACAUCUGCGUGGACCUGAAAGUGCAACUCUUAGUAGAAGAGUUCUUACGUUUUGUCUCAUAGCUUUGCAAGAUUGGUUAGACGGAGUGAAUUAUACUCAUCCUAACGUGAGUGAUAGUCUACAAGUAUCAUUUCAUCUUCCCCUUCAUAGAUACUUUGCAGUAUUUAUGUGUCAAGCAGUUAGACAGCAAGGUGUAACACUUCAAGAUUUGUUACCACCCACUGACAUGCUUCAUCUUCUUAUGAUGCAUCCACUGCGAGUACAGGUGGCAUUUUCUGAAAUUUUAAAUGGAUUAUGGGUACGCAAUGGAUUGCAAAUAAAAGGACAAGCUAUGACAUAUAUACAGUGUAAUUUCUGCAAUUCAAUGGUUGAUGCAGAUUUGUAUUUAUUACAAAUUUGUGCAACAAAACUACAGCCAGAUGUUUUCCUAAAAACUGUUAUUGAAAAAUUUCAUGUGCAAGAAUGGAUGAGUCUGAGUUUAUAUCAUGCUCCUCAAAAUGAAUAUUUAGAAGGUGAACAUGAUACUCUUAUGUUAGAAAGCUGUUUAACAUUUUUGGCAACUUUAGUUAAUGUACGAACGAAUUUAGGUUUGUCUGACCCUGAAAUGUCCUGUCUUGAAAUGGUCACAUUGUUAUGUAUGGGAGAUAAAACUCAUAGUCAGUUAAUGGAAUUAAUGCCAGAACGGUGUGGCACUACGCAGAACAGAGAUUUUGAAUCUGUUUUAGCUGAAGUAGCACAAUACCGAGCUCCAAAUCUUGAAGCUAGUGGAUAUAUGCAGCAAGGCAUGUAUGGUCCUAAACCACGAGUUUGGGAUGAAUUAUUUGAUCCAUUACAUGUUUUACUAAGGGCUGUUCAUCGAAGAGAUUUUCAAAUAUCUAUGGAUCGUUUUACUGAAUAUGUAAAACAAUCAGGUAAAUUAAAGAAUAAUGCAACACCAUGGCCACCUUUUCGAUAUCCUGCACCAGUUUCACCAGAUUAUGAUGAUCCACGUCUUGUCCUACGUACUAGAGUAUUUCAUGCUAUGAUAUUUAUAAUAUUAUAUAAGGCUGUGAAUGGACAUAAUAUAUCAGAGCAUGUUAUGGCAUUAGCCAUUUAUCUUCUAGAAAUGGCAGUUGUUACUGCAGAAUUACCUAAUAAGUCUAUCAACCCUUUAUGUCAAUAUAUGGGUGCUAGUUCAAUUCGUACGAUUAAAGAUAUGGACUUAGCAGGCUGGUAUGAAAAUGAUAAUUUAUCAGAAAACUUGAGGACUGUGAUACCUCAAAUAAUUCUAGUCCAAGAGCCAGAACCAAAUAGUUCAGACAGUGAAUUUGAAUGGGAAAUUCAAGGUGAAGCAACUGAAGUUACUACUACUUUAAUGUUAAAUGAUGGAUCUGAGGAAGGUUCAUUGGAAGUAUUGGCUCUACCAUCAGUAGAAUCAAUUAAUGAUAAUAAUGAUUUAUCGACCACUGUAAAUGUUGGUUCUCUUCCAGCUUUACCACCAGCAAGUGUCGACUUUGACAUGGCAAUUAUACCUGAAGAUGGAAUUGUUGCCAUACAACAUGGUAACGUUGAAGGUGAUUUAAUGCCUCUACAAAGAGCUUUACCACCAUCCACUGAAGAAUCCAUGGCCCUUGCCCUUGAAUCACCUCCUUCACCAAACAAUAUGGUUGGUGAACAGCCCGCAUUACCGCCUGUACCUCAACGCCCUGCUGUUAUGGCAGGUAACGAAAUAAUGAGUACACAAACAAUGUAUUCACGACUUAAUACUACAGGAGCAACAACGACGGAUAUUGUUCCAUCAACGUCAAACAUGCAUAAGCAUUGCAAGCGAAGAGAACCUCAAGUUGGGCCACAAACUGUGAAAGUAGGAGAAAGCAUAAUUUCAUUGCUUUUAAAACUACAUUCUCAGUUAUCAGGAGUACCAGAUAGUUAUAAUCCUGACCAAAGUGUAAUGGUAGAUAGUGAAGCAAGUAGUAGCACUGCUGCACCAGCUAAAGAAUCUAGGAUUGGCGAUGGCCCAUUCUUUAUUUCACAACUUCUUAAGAAAAUAGCAAAUUUAGACCCCAUGUGUAAAGAUACUAUCAUAGAAAGCAGAAAUAAAUUAUGGCCACGUAUGCAAGAUUGUGAGGAUGAACAACGUGAAAGAGAACAUCGAGAAAGAGAAGAAAGGCGUAAAAGAGCAAAAGAAAGGCAACAAAAACUUAUGGCAGAAUUUGCCAAUAAACAAAAACAAUUUAUGGAAAAAGCAAUGAAAACAGAUGAAGCAGGUGUAUCAGGAAUGGAUUGGGAUCAAGAGGAUGAUACUACAAAAUUGACUAGACAAAAGGAAUAUGAUUGUGUGAUAUGUAAUCAAACUACACCAAGUAGUGAAGAUAAACCCAUGGGUCUAGUUGUACUAGUACAGGCAACUAGUGUUAUUGGUCACGGAAGAAAACGGUCAGACAGACUCAUUUUGCCUACAUCUGAUGAAGAUCCACCUAUACCGAAAGGUGACACACAUGGUGCUCAUUUUGAUCAUAGAAUAGAUGAAUUAAAUCGACAUUUCGAUACGUUUUCAUGGUUACUAUCUGUUAAUUUGGGUUGGGAAGGAGGUGUUCAUGUACAAACAUGUGGUCAUCAUUUACAUUUAGAUUGUUUAAAAUCUUAUUUACAAUCGUUACAAAGUCAACAAAGGCAACCAAGUCUAGCAGUUGAUACAGGCGAAUAUUUUUGCCCGCUUUGUCGACAAUUAGCUAACUCUGUUUUGCCAUUAUCACCGCAAUUAGGAGAGUGUGCAGCAGUAGUACGAUCUUAUCAAGCCUCUCCGGCAAUAAUACUUUCAGAGUUAAAUAACCUUUUAAAAGAGAUACAACGAAAUCCAGUCUCAUCAAAUUUAGCUGUAGCAAUGGGAAAAGCCAUGGAAGAUAUGACAAGUUGCACAUAUUUAAAAUAUAAGCAAAAGAACUGUUCUCCUAGUCACCAAAGCUUGUUCCUUUUUGUAACUUCUAUAGCAAGAACUAAUUUUGAGGUUGAACUCGUACAACGUGGUGGAUCGUUAUAUGUUCCUUCGCCUAAUUCUAUACCUUUAACACCAAAACGUGACUGUAUUGUCGCUCUCCUUCAUGUUCUUGCAAUGCACGCAAAAGUACUAACAACAUGGCCAGUACAUCAUACUUGGCAGCAACUAUCUGGCAUACCUGCAGAACCUUGUGCACCACUUGCAUUAACGCCACAUGAAAGAGAAGUUCCAUUGUUACUCAGAGAUCCAACUGCUCUUCUUAUACAAUUUAUAUUACUACUUCCACUACACUUGGAUCAAGCUUACUUCUCGAGCGUUGUGAAAGUUAUAUACAACUUGCUGUACUAUCAAGUCAUAGUGCAAAUAAGCUGUGAUCUUUUACAAGCAGAAAGAAAUACAAUUUUAAGAAGAGGCCAAUGUGGCGAAUGUACUGCCACUUCUUUAGAGAUUAUACUAUGCAGAGUAAUCGAAUAUUUUAGUGACAGUGAUCUUUAUCGUACAGACGAAGCUAUUCAUAAACCAUCAACUUCAUCUUCUGUAUCUUAUGCCAGAGUGAAAACACAUUGGAUUGAACGACAGAUACAGUCUUUAUGCUUACCGUUUUUAAGAGUGGCUGCUUUACUCCGAUAUCAUCUAUACGAACAACCAUUGCCUUUUGUUAGGUCACGCCAAUUUGAAUUUGUCAAAUUAGUGUAUUAUUUAGAAUUAGUGGCAGAAGGUAUGGAUUGGGAUAAUUUCAAUUCAACAGUGGCACUAAAUUGGCAAGAUGUAGAUGCAAGUAUUUCUGUUCCUCGCCUAUGGUGCGAUCAGUUACUUGCUUUUGUUAAUAGAAGUGAUGCAGCUAGAAAUUUAAUAAAGGAACAGCAUGUAUCUUGGCAAAUACCGAAACUGCUCAAUCUCCCAAGAGAAUAUGAAAAAAUCUUUACGUAUUAUCAUGAACGGCAAUGUCGUCAAUGUCAUUCAGUUCCUCAGGAAAUUAGUAUCUGUUUAUUAUGUGGUGCUAUUGUCUGCCUAAAGCAGAACUGUUGUAAGCAGAUGAAUGUGUGUGAAGCUGUUCAGCAUUCAAUUGAUUGUGGUGGUGGAACUGGCAUAUAUUUAGUGGUAACAUCAACUUAUAUUAUUGUAAUUAGAGGUCGAAGAGCUUGUCCAUGGGGAUCUUUAUAUCUUGAUGCAUUUGCAGAAGAAGACAGAGAUCUAAAACGAGGUAAGCCUUUGUAUCUUAGCCAAGAUAGGUAUCGAUUAUUGGAACAGCAAUGGCUAGCUCACAGGUUUGAUCACACGAAAAAAACAUGGGUCUGGCAUCGUGAUUCUCUGUGACCUUCCAUAGUACUGAAUGCUCAUAAAUUUGAAAUGAAGUCAAGACUCAUUUAACUUGUUUAUUAUUACGCAAUCUCUUGUUAACGAUAACAGCGCUUAAAGGAUAAACAGGUUGUUCAAAUACUUUACGAAUAUUAUAUUUAUUAUGAUGCAAUUGAUAAGUAGGCAUGACAAUGAAUGAAAGUAUUAUCCUACAAUGGACACUGAACUAAAUUGUCUAUAGUCACAAUUUUUGAAUAAUUAUAUCGAAGAAGUAUGUUUGAAAUCGAGCAUUGUAUAUUUUAUUUAAAUACAUAUAAAUAUUACGUCCUAAUAAGAGGAGAGUACUUAUCUAGCAUCUAGUGUUUGUACUUUAUAGAAGAUGGAUAAAAUUUUAAGUGACAAUAGCAAUUUAGAAAGGAAGAUGAAUAUUAAAAUUUGUCUGAAUAAUUAUUUGUGCAAACAAAUUAUGGAACGUUUAAUUAAUAAGACUUAUAUUUGCAUCUUCUUGGUUAUAAUAUUCAUAGGCAAAUCUAUUACAUUUGACUUCUCUAAAUGCAAUGCAUAUUUUCCGAAUCAUAUUAUUGGAGUAAAAUAUAAAUAAAUUUGAUAUGAGCUGGAUUUAUAUUACGAAUACAUUUUAUAUUUGGUUAUAAUAUCAUAGAAAAUAUAAAUAAUUGAGUUUUUCCAAAUUAAUGAUAGAAAGCAUAAACAAAAUAUUUUGAAGUGUAUUGUGUUAUAAACGCGAUGAAAUUAAAAAUUAAUAUCUUUUCUUUAGAUAUUUUUUAAUACUUUAUAAACAUUAUAAUUGGUACUAUCAAAAUGAAUUAUUUUAUAUUGGAUAUAUAGAAAUGCAAAAAAUUAAUUUGGUAACUUAAAUAUAAUUCAAUGGUUGAAGGUAUAGUAUAACUUGUGUAAGAGAAUUGAUUUAUUUAAAAAGUUUCUCUUAUUAAUUUUGUAUUUUGAAGAUUUACUAGAAAUGUUGUUGUUUAUUCACUUAUUAAUUUAAUAUUUUGUCUUAUAUCGGAUUGUUAAGAAUUGUUUAAUUUUUAUUAUAUAAUAAAAAAAUAUAAUCAUAAUUUAUAAUAUAAUAGGUUUCUUGUUUAAAAUGCAGGAAAGAAAGAAUGUAACAAUAAAUAAUGAUUAUUAUAAAUAUUUGUUUGCGCAAUAAUAAUUUGCUUUAUAUUGAUGAUUCAAUGGAAAUUAAUGUAAAAUUUAAAUUAUAAUUAGAAAUAUAUUAAUAUAUGUCAGAAGAGAAACGUUAUAAGAACGAUACCUUUACAUCAAACUUAGUGAUCAGUAUGUGUAUACGGUAUUUUUACGAUAAUUAAAAUCCUAACACGGAGAUAAAUAGCAUAUACAAAUGAUUUGCUGAUUAAAGUGCUGCAUAGUGCUACUAUUACAAGAAUUGCUUCUUUUACAAUAGAUAUUCAUAAUCUGUAAAUAUGUAAUAAUUAUAGGGUAUUGCAUAUUGCAUUAUUAGUCAAUGCUCAAAAUCAGAUGAUCUGUACAUAAUUAAUAAUUAUUUUUAGGAAUCUUUCUGCUUAUAAUAUAAGAACAUACAAUAAAAGCAUUAUACAAAAAAGCUGAAAAUUUAUUAGUAAUGGCAAUUAUGAAUCAUAUUUAAUGUAUAAAUACAAAUGAUUCUAUCCAAAAUA